AUGACUCAAGCAGCCGCUAGCCCACGUGUCCCGCUCAGCCGCUGGUUCAGUUCCCCGAAAGCUUUGCAGACGCUUGACCUGGACGACCAAAAGUUGGGCCAGUUUGCAGGCCGGACAAAUUUGGGUGCGCUGGGGCAGCUUGAAAAGCUGGAGACGCUGAAGCUGCGCCGCAAUGUGCUUUCAGAGGCACCUGUCGAGCUUGGACAACUGACCCGGCUUCGGGAGCUGUGGUUGACUCAAAAUGAUCUUUGUGAACUUCCAGACAGCUUUAGCAAUCUCGCGAGGCUUCAAGUCCUGGCUUUGGAGCGAAAUCGUUUUGUCAAGCUUCCAAAAUGUAUUUGCAAGCUUCGGCGGCUCUUGCAGCUUGGUUUGGAUGAGCAAGAAGCACCUGUAAAAGAGCUUGGCGCGGUGCCAGCUGCGGUGCUUUCAAUUUUACGUGGCCGUGGAUGUCAAGCUUCGUUUCCGUCCCUGGUAUGCAACGAGCAUGAGAGGCCAAAUUUGAAUACCAUUUUUUGGGCCAACAAUGGCCUCAGUCAAGUGCCGAGACUACACGCCUUUUCGCAGUCCUUGCGGCUGUUGGAUUUGGCCCACAACCGCAUAAGUUCCGUGGGGGACGAGAUUUUUUGCCUAAGCAAUCUAAGAGAUCUGAGUCUGGCUGGCAAUCUUUUAGAGAGCUUGCCGAAAUCCAUUGGAAGAAUGAGAUCUUUGCAGCAACUGUGGCUGCAUGGGAAUUUUCUGCUACAACUACCGGAUGAGCUCGGAGAACUCGAGGCGCUGGCAAUCCUCGAGCUGCAUCACAAUCGUCUCCACUCCUUACCGUCAUCACUAGGCAUGCUGCAGAAGUUGAACUGGUUCUUUGCCCACGGGAACGCUCUUACAGAUGCUCGGGUGGUGAAGAUGUUGUCCAUCUUGCCGAGGAUAAAGAUUGUUGGGCUUGGCGCCAACCAGCUGCAACUGAAAGACUUGGACUUCCAAAAGUUGGGAAGGGCCAGCUUCGGCUUGGGUUGGAACCCGGGUCUUGAAGCUAAGCCCGUUUUGACAGAAGCGUUGACCACAACUGACUUGCAUUGGGACAAGAUGGAAGAGGGAGUUCUUGCGGAUGUCUUGGUCAUCACUUUUUCGGCGCAGGGUGCUCCGGUGGCACAGGGCCAGGCCGAGGUGCGUGCACUGCGCGACUCAUUUCUCAAGGUUGAUGCGCUCUACGUCUGUGACCCGGCCAAUGCUUGGUUUCUGCAAGACCCGUUGCAACAAUGGAGGGGCCUGGCGUACUUUGAAGAGAAAAUAUCGACGAUUGCAAAACAGUACCAGCGGGUCUUCGCGUGGGGCGGCUCAAUGGGAGGUUCUGCUGCACUUCUUUUCGCGCACCUGGCCAACCGAGUACAUGCAUUCAGUCCUCAAGUGGACCUUGUCUACACAUGGCCUUCCUUCGCGACCGACUCAAUCCGCGAGGCUUUCCGCCAGCGCGUCCAGGACUCUGUGAAUUCGUGUGUCGGGCGUGUGCACGUCCAUGUGGGUGCUGAGAACCAUACAGACAAUCGCCACGCGGCUGCAUUGCCUAUUUGUGCUCGGAUACACCUCCAUGAGACAGCAAACCACAACACUAUGAAACAUCUCAAGCAGCGACGGAAGCUGGCGCAACUACUGAAGUUUGAGGUGGUGGAUUUGCUUCUGGAAGCGUUUGAAGAGAAAGUUGAAGAUGCUCCUUGA